AGCCCUAGCAUGGUUUUGGGGCUGCUCGUCUCUCCCGCCGCGUCUAGUGUCCACCCUGGAGCGGCGGUGGCGGCGGCGGCCACCGCGAGAUCUCCUGGCAAAAAAUUCGCGGUGUUUGUGGCCGGCUAUGGCACGGAUUACACAGAGCGCAAGCACGGCGGCUAUGGGGCGCUGCUCGUCAAGCUCUUGAGCGAUCCUGGUGAGACAUGGGAAACUUUCCGCGUUGUGGAUGGGAUUUUCCCCAGCGAGGAACAAUUGGCUGAUUACAGUGGCGUUGUUGUGUCUGGGAGCGCGUACGAUGCGCACGGGAACGAGGCAUGGAUCACGCAGCUCUGUGGAGUUCUUUGCGAUCUACACGAAGAGAAAAAGAGAAUUCUCGGCGUUUGCUUCGGCCACCAGGUUUUGAGCCGCGCGCUUGGAGGAGUGACUGGAAGAGCUCCCGUGGGAUGGGAAGUUGGCUUGAAAGAAAUGUACACUAACGACCACUUUCAGCUGAAGCGAUAUGGAAGGAACAUCCCGAAGAGACUGCGAGUCCUGCAAAGCCAUCGCGAUCAAGUUCUUGAGCUGCCGCCGGGAGGAACACUGCUUGGCUCGUCCCAGAACACGAGAGUGGAGAUGUUUGCGGUGGAGGAUCACAUUCUUGGCAUUCAAGGCCACCCGGAGUUCACCAAGGAUGUGCUGCUCGACAUAAUCGAAUCGCGUCGUGCCUCGCAGGCCCUCUCGAUCACUGAAGCCAAUGAAGCAAAGGCUUCGCUAGAAGCAGCUCAAGACGAGGAUAGGCAGCAGCUUAGUGAGCUUUGCAAGAAUUUCCUGAAGGAUUAAGAGGUUAAUUGGAAAACACAUGUGUAUAAGUCAAAGGUGGUAAAACCUGGUUAAGAUGGGAUAUAUUAUAUAUACAAAGGUGGUAGGGAUGAAAA